UCACAUCGACCGUUGACUCAUCCACUUCACUGCUCAGGCGCAAUGACCCUUUCCGUCAGUCAACACCACCACACACACGGCGCCUCCAUUGUGGUACAUAUGAAGGUUUAUAAAUUGAGAUGCACAUCUACAAGAAGACUACACCAUCGCAGUGCCAGAGAGAGAGAGAAAGAUGUACGUGACGAGGCCGAUGUCGCGGUACCAGGACGACCCGGACGCCGCGGCGGAGCCGCCGCCGGAGGACCCGGGCUCCGGUUUCCUCGUGGUGGAGGACGAGGUGGCCGUCGCGCGGGCGACGCGGUGGUGGGGCUUAUGGGCGGACAGGCAGGUGUACGGCCUCCCGUUCCCGCAGAGCCGGCAGCUCGAGGUGGAGUACACCGCCAGCAUCGGCGCCGGCAGGAACCGUCUCACCUACACGCACCGCGACGACGUCGUGUUCGUGCCCGUCGUCGGCCAGCCGCUGUCGUCCGGCCGCUACUACGCCGCCCGGGCCACGGGGAGGCACGCCGGGAAGGUGUCGGCGUGCUCGAGGGAGGAGGACAUGGUGACGUGCUGCGGCCUCUGGUCCUUGGUGAACGACGUGCCGCCGCGGCCGUUCGACCGCGGCGACGUCUACCAGCAGGUGGAGGUGCUGCGGCUGCCGCCGCGCGGGAGGGGUUUCACGGCGGUGGCGGUCGCGCCGGACGGCAUCCCGCCGGGCUACCUGAGGAGGGAGGCGUGGAAGGUCCACACCUCGGCGUCCACGAGCUACGACCUCGCCGACGCGGCGCACGGGACGGACUGGCCGCUCCGCCGCCGGAUGCCUGACCUCGACAGCUUCGACGUCGGCGUAGGUGGCUCGCCGCCCGUCGUCGUCGGCAGGUGGUACUGCCCGUUCAUGUUCAUCAACGACGGCGGCGAGCAGCGGCUCAAGGAUCAGGUCAAGCGGUGCAUGUUCUACGAGAUGACGCUGGAGCAGAGGUGGGAGGAGAUAUACACCCGAGACAACGCCCAUCGAGGCAGGAGGAGUACCAGCAGCAAGGACAAUGAGGUUGAGGUGAGCGCGACGGUGCGCCGGUCGACGGCGCUGCUGGGCGGCACCGACGCGGUGCGAGGAGGCGGGCCUCAGAUGGUCGACGGGGUGAUGUGGUUCCGACCGGCGGCGCCGCCGACGAACUCUGGCACGGCAGGUGGAGUUGGGCUGGACAUGGUGGUGUGGGAGAAGAUGAAGUGGGAGCUGGAGAGAGGAGGGUGGGUUGCCGGUAAUGGCGACGUGGAGAGUAUCGAGAGGGGGGAGAGGCGUGAGGCGAGGCCGGGUCAGUGGGACAAGUUUGGGUGCUACCUGCUGCUUGAGAGCUUCGUGCUGAGGAGGAUGGACGGCAGCGUUGCGCUCACCUGUGGUUUCAGGCACACCGGCAAGAUUAGAACCAAAUGGGUAUGAGCAAACUGUGUACUACUGUAACUAUCGGAUAUGAUGAAAGGGACCACCUAUACAUUUGUCGAUAAAUUUUCUCCUAAAAAUUUGACAGAUGUAAUUAUAG